AUGGUUCCGCAUCGUCGUCAGGACACACGAGUCCUUCAGGAUCAGUCUGUCUACCGCGGCCAACGUUCUAUGUCGCUCGGUGGUCCAGCACAUGAAUCACUCAUGUCGCAGAUGGUGGCCCGCAAAAGUGCCACGACCAUCGAUUUAUCGCCUGGAGAGAAGAACAAAGUCUGUCUGGUAUGCGACAACAUGCGCUUUCUGCUCGACCAGAAAUUGCUCACCGCUCAUCCGGACACGAUGCUUGGGCGAAUGUUCGCAAUGCGUGACGCGAGAGGUGCCGGAGCCGAUCUGGUUACACCAAAUGAACGAAACGAAUUUGUUGUUGCUGAUGGCACAACAGCUGCCUGCUUCCGUGUAGCGCUGGAGUACUACACUUUGGGUCAAAUGCGUUGCCCGCCAAAUGUUUCGGUAGCUGAGUUGAGAGAUGCUUGUGACUAUCUUCUUAUACCAUUCAAUGCUAAUACUGUUAAGUGUGAGAACCUUCGUGCUUUACUCCAUGAACUUUCUAAUGAAGGAGCACGAGAGCAGUUCUCGAAUUUCCUAGAGGAGAUAAUUCUUCCACAACUUGUCGCUAGUACUGAGCAUGGCGAACGCGAAUGUCAUAUUGUUGUAUUGCUCGAUGAAGACGUCGUCGAUUGGGAUGAUGAAUAUCCACCACAAAUGGGUGAGGAAACUACUCAUGUCGUCUACAGCUCUCAUUUGUACAAGUUCUUCAAAUACGCUGAAAAUCGAGACUGCGCGAAACAGGUGUUAAAAUCACGUGGUUUGAAGAAAAUUCGACUCGGAAUGGAAGGCUAUCCAACGCACAAGGAAAAAGUAAAGAAACGGUUCAACAAAGCUGAAGUGAUUUACAACUACGUACAACGUCCGUUUGUGCAUUGCUCUUGGGAGAAGGAGGAAGCACGAAGUCGACAUGUGGAUUUCGCGUGUCCAAUUGUGAAGGUUCGAAUCAUUAUAGUUGAAUGCUGA